AUGUUCAGUGCUAGAUUUAUACUGAGCAGGAACUCAAUCUACUCAAAACUGUCUAUUAAGCAAAACCUGUCAAUUUUCAGCAGCGAUCGUUUAUUGAGCACUUCAUGGCAACAGGAUUUGAUCGAAACAGGAGAAUCUAUUGCUUUAGAAGCACCAGUAGAUGGCGUAUCAAUUAGACUUCUUUCAAACUCUGAUAUUGCUCCAGAUCUAACAACAGAUUUGCGGAAUGCCAGCAGGACUGAUGGUCAGACUUCUGGAAAUGUCAAACCGACAAAUAAAGCAUCCAAAUCGAAAUCAAAACGGGCUCAUGUUCCACUUCAAAACCUGCUUUCUGAGAUAUAUGGCGAUACUGGUGAAGUACUGCCAAAGUUGGAUGUUGGUGCUAAAUCUCCUCCUCGACUUAAACACGGACUCGAGCGAGUGCUUUUUAGUCCCGGGCCAGUGUUUUUGCAAGAUCCAAGAACAGGAGUAUUUAAUUUUGACAAAACAUUGAAUACAAUACCUGCCGUUGAAUCGUUCGACUAUUCCAAGUUGAAUCCGUAUACUAUUGCGUCAAAGGAUAAAGUUCUUAAAAAAAUGGCCAUCAAAUAUAAGCGCAAAUACUAUGCAUCUACAUCUUCAAUAACAUCAGUUCUUUCAAAGCUGAUUUUGAGUAUCACGGGAAUGCGUCCCGUAAACUUGGAUCGUCUUAGUAUUCCUUUUAUUGAAAAAAGUGCUUUACACACCAAAUUUUCUUGUGGACCCACAGGAAUUGUAUUGAAAUAUAGUGACGGUGUAUAUGGAAUAGAUCAUUAUAAACCUAGUGAAGAAACUCGAAAUGUGCUGAUGCAACUUGGACAUGUUCUUGAAGCAAUGUUGUGCGAAGAUAAAAAAUCGUUUAAGCGACUUCUAAAAACAGAUAAUGCAUCGACUGACAUUACUUUGUCACCCAGCACAUACUCUUACUCUCUGGCGGAAAACUUUUUAAUGCGUGCACAACUGGAUUGUCAGCAUCCCGAUCUGCCCAACAAAUCAUUUGAUAUUAAAACUCGCGCGACUGCCGCGAUUAGAUUUAAUAGUAAUGAUUAUCAGUCUCAUACUGGUUAUAAAAUUCGAAAGCUCACUGGAGUUUACGAGUCUUUUGAACGGGAAUACUUUGAUAUGUUGAGAUCUACCUUUUUAAAGUAUAGCUUACAAGUACGUAUUGGAAAAAUGGAUGGCAUUUUUGUCAGUUACCACAAUACUGCCAGUAUAUAUGGGUUUCAGUAUAUUCCACUUGAACAGAUGGAUGAAGAUCUGUUUGGAAACUCGACUUUUGCAGACGAUAGUUUUGCAUUUUCGGUCAAGCUGUUUAAUCGGCUAUUGGAUAUUGCAACUGCUCGAUUUCCCAAAAGAGAUCUAAAGAUCAUAUUUGAUGAAGCCAAAGAGCAGUCAAUCGUGUGUGUUAUCCAGCCUGCCUGUUCGCUUAAAGGCUCGGCUAAGCGCCAUAUUGCUAAAAGCAACUCGGACAUGUCAUCUGCGUCAGACAAAUCAGAAUUAUCGGAAUGGGACGCAUCACGAGCAGUCAGAUUUCAAAUCAAAACUCGGUCUAUAAUCAACGAUAUCAACGUUGAAGGUCUACCAUUUGUAAAACAUGAUGCUGGUGAUAAAUGGGAGCUUCACUAUGACAUACUUGAUGCAGGAGUCACUGAUAAAACAGUAAGUCGAGCAGAGAAAAAACUUGUUGGUCGUACUGGUUCUUCAAAAGCUUCUGGAUAUUUUCUCAAUGAAAUGCGCAUAAACUCGAUAUACGAAGAAGAGCUUGGUGAGAAACCGGAUUUUGUCAAUGGCAAUGAUACACUUGGUAAAGAGGAUGAAGCAUUUACUGGCAAGGAUGUCCAUCAUGGUAUUAAUGGAACAGAUUAA